AUGGACGUGUGCAGUGAGGUCAGAGGUCAGUCGGCCUGGUUGCACCGCUGCAGAAGAGGAGUUAGCAUGCUGCUGCUGUUCUGGAUUCUCAUAGAAGUCCCGCCCUCCCUCCUGCAACCUCCUCUCCCUCUCUCCCUGCCCGUCCACAUGUCGGUCGUCCCUUCUCCCUGGCAGUUCCUCCCUCUCUCCCAGGUGGAGCUGGGCCCUCUUUUCUCCAACUCAAGCCCCUUCUCCUCCUCCCAGAGCCUCUUCAUGUUGCCACCGCCGGGACGGGCCCCCAGACCGGGCCUCCAGGCUUCGUUUGGCCCUUACUCUGUCACACAGCUCAUAUCAGAGCCUGUUCUCUCCUCCAGCCUGUCUGCCUCCCUCCUCUCUGAGCAUGUGCAGAGGGAGAUGGGUGAGGGGGGGCAGGAGGUGUUCAGGGUGAGAGCGCUUUUUCACAAACGAGGAGACAGCGGCACUAGAGGUACCUGCGUCACCCUGCAUGCCUUCAAGGAGACAGAGGAGCACAAAGCGUCUUGUAUGACUCAGGAUCCUCUGGGGCUAUGCGUGGUCACUCUGACUCUGCCUGGCGACUGGUUCAAAGACCAGCACAUCAAACCGUCACAAGAGGAUUUGGUGAAGUGGCACAGUAACGUCUACCCUCGCCACCGGAUGCACAAGAGAGAACACCGCCGACAUGGGCAUCACCACGGCAACAACCAGCUUCAGCUUUUCUACUCAUCCGUGGACACAGAGACUGACUUUGAGCUGACAGCAGCAGGGUGUGUGGAGGAGCUAGCAGCUCAGUCUCAGAGGAAACUCGUCCACAUACGAGCGGUGACACUGAAGGAGGAGAAGGAGAGAGAGAAGAGCAGGACCAUAAAAGAAGAAACCUGUGUGAACGGGCAGGAAGAGGAGGAGCUUAGCUUGGACUCCCAUGUUGUGAUUCGCUAUCACAGAGGCCCUGUCCUGAUUGGUCAGCCUAUCAGAGUGUCUGUGAGCCUGAGAGGAAACUUCAGUGCUGAGUUUGUGGUCAUAAGGCUGAAGGUGAAGAAGGGUCUGGUGUCAAUGGUAGCCCAGAGAACGGUGACAUCUGAUCUGUGGACGGUGACUCUAGAGAGGAGUCAGGGCUCCGCACACGACGUGGUGUCCAUCCUCUGUCACAAACAAAGCGCCAUUAAGCACACACAAAGUCCCUCUGUCCUCCAGCAGGUGGUGUGUCUGUCUCUGGAUGGCCUCAGGCACAGCUUCGGUGUUGCUAUGUCGGUUUCUGCUAACUGGUUUGUGGAAUACUCAGGUCGUAAUAACCCUGUGUCACCACACGGGGCAGCAGUAACCGUCUUCUCAUUCACUGAUCGACUGAUCUACGGCAUCGCUCCCAUUACGGAGGCCAACACAAUCAUCAACACCGCCAUACUCACCAACCAGCCAGUGUCACUUCCUGUCAUCGUGCUCGCCAUAAGUCAUGAAGGAAAGGUGUCGGACGUCACCUCUGCCGUCACCUGCCACUCCACCAAUGAGAACACCAUCAAGGUGUCCAGCGAUUGUUCCGCCCUCUUUGUGGACGGCAGCGAAUCAGGGCUGGGUAACACCUGUGCAGCUGUGGAGUUUAAACUGGGCACGCUCAGUGGCUCCGUGUGUCUGGAGGUAUGGGCUCCUUCAGUGCCCCUGCGAUUGUCCCUCGCAGACCCCAUUCUAAACGCCAUCGAUGGCUGGAACCACUUCACAGAGAGCGGGUGUGUGCCCGUCUAUCAGCGCUCCUCCAUCCAUGUGCUGACCCAGUUCACAGCUCAGGACUUGGAGGCCGGGAACACGCAUCUCCUGGGCUCGUCUGAUUGGUUCGUGGAUGUCACCGAGCUGGUCCGUGAUUGGCUGAAAGUAGAAGAUCCCAGUGUGGCUUCCCUCAGCUCCCAGAACAAUCUGAUUGGUUUACGACCCGGGAAGACGUCAAUCUAUGUCGUCUCUGAGCAGUGGGACGGCGUGCUUGGCAGGUGUGAUGUCACUGUGACUUCUGACCCCGUUACCCCUGGUGACCUUUCCGUGCAGGUAGUCAGCGGCCUUGGCAUGUCAGUCACGUCCAGCCCUGCGCACCCCUCCGUCGUCACGACGACAGUGACAGCAUACAACAUCCUGUACAACCAUCACCAGGAGGCGUCGAUCAGCGUCUGGCUGCAGUUCAGCGAUGACUCCGCCUCCCUCCUCUCCUCCUUCAGUGACCUCCCCCUCUCCCUGCUCCUCUCCUCACUGGCUGAGUCCGUGGUCAUCGUGACGCCCGGCCCCAGCCAGCACAUCUAUGCCCAGGGGGACGGGGGCGGGCCUUUACUGAGAGCAGAGCUUCUGGUUUCCACCUGCGGUGACCUGUCAAUCACCUCCAACUCCAUCAGUGAAGGUGACUGGACAGACAGCAGAGCGCGCCGGCUGGCCCGAGGGUCAGGGUGGAUCCGGGUCAACCUGGACCUGGACUUCCUGCAGCCAGAGGAGGACAAAGAUGUGAACGGGGAAGAGUUUGAGUUUGACAUUUCAGACACGCUGGUCGAGUCUGACAUUGACAUCUAUGCUGCAAACUCAGAGGAAGAGGAAGGAGGGAACGUCAGCAGCGACUAUGACAGACUGAGUGGGAAAGUGAUUGACAGAAACUGGAACAAAGUCGGGAACGGAGGGAUGCUUAGUCAAAACAAUCUGGAACGAGCCGUGCUGAUGCCCAGCCAGGAGGAGGGCACCGUCUACUUCUCCCCCAGCAAGGAGAGGGGAGGAGGUGGGAGGGGGGAGGAGGCGCAGGGAGCUCAGGAGCUGGAGGUGGGUGUGGGCGCAGUCCUCUCUCUGAUCUGUCUCUCUGCCGUCCUCUUCCUCGCUAACUGUCUGCCCUGCGCCCUGAGAGACGGCAAGAGGACAAAGGUGAAGGGGGAGAGUGGAGGAGAGGAGCAGGAGAGUAGGAAGACAGAGGAGGAGGAAGGGGACACAGAGGAGAGGAAAGAGCAGGAAGGUGAGGAGAAGGUGGUGCAGCAGCAGGUGGAGGGCAGCAUUGAGGAGGUCACAGAGGUGGAGAUCAUCUGCUGAUGAGCAAAAAAAAGACCAACUUCCAAACAAACAGGAAGCAGAGACUCUCUUACACUCACUGUUUAUACACAACAGUCAGAAAACACCCACACACGGACAAUCACCUUUUCUUCAUCUGUCUGUUCGGUUACAGCAUCACUGCUGUGCAGGGUGGUCAUCAGGGCUGCACCGGGACAUAAAAAGAGCUCUGGAGUCAUCGGCUCAGACGGACCUCUCACAAUCACACAAACACAAUGCAGCAGCACACUCCUUGAUCACAUGAAUACACUCCUGUACAAAUCCCCUAAAACACCACCCAGCUGAGACACAAGUACAAACAUGAACUAUGAAGACCUGACUGGUAGAUGAUUCCAAAGGAGAAGGGCCUGAUAACCUCCCAUAGUACAUUUAGAAACUGUAGCUAACAGAAACAGGCAUUACAUAGAGGGGUAAUAUGGUACUAUGCGCUCUAAGUGUGUUUUGGUCCUAGUGUUAUCAAAUCAAUGAUAAGCAUGAACUUCUGUUUUUAAUUGAAACAUAAUGCAGUUUGUUUUAGACAGAUUGCAUUUAGCCUCUGUGAUGUGUGAACUGUCUGACAACGAUGUGAUUCUUUGUAAAAAAAAUCUUCACUGUCCUAACGAGGAAAAAAAAUUCAACAUGCCAUACAAUGUUUAUAUGUUAUAUUUCAAUGUGUUAUUAGAAAACAUGUUAAACACAAAACCUGCUUGUUUUCUUUUCAGAAUAU